UCUAGUUUGCGCAUGAUGUUCUUAUAGUUCCGUUUUUUUUUAAUGAACGGAAUAUCAUACCAGGAUUAAGCUUGACUACUUCUACAAUUAAAAUCUGUACUGAGUGUUUUAUUUUUAGAAAAUUAAGACAGAAAUAUCGUCUGCUGCAAUGAGCAAGAGGAUAUGCAUCGUAGGGGGUGGUGCCAGCGGACUUACUGCCAUUAAAGCAUGUAUAGAACAAGGUCUAACACCUGUUUGCUACGAAUGGACAAAAAAUGUUGGUGGGUUAUGGCGUUAUCGCGAAGAAGACAUUGAAGGUUUAGCCUCUGUGAUGCGGUCCACCAUCAUUAACAGCAGUAAAGAACUUAGCGCCUUUAGUGACUUCCCACCCCCAACGGAAUACCCAAAUUACAUGCAUAAUUCCAAAAUGAUAAAGUACCUGGAAAUGUACGCGAAGAAUUUCGACCUUGUUCGAUACAUUCAUUUCGAACAUAAAGUAGACAAUAUCGAGCAGUCCCCGGACUUCGACUAUUCCGGAAGGUGGGUAGUGUCCGUCCAGAAAGCUGGAGCUCAGGAAACAUUCCAGGAAAUGUUCGAUGGAGUGAUGGUGUGUGCAGGUCAUCAUGUGUUCCCCAUAGUCCCGAAGUUCCCGGGACAGGAUUUGUUCCAAGGUCGGAUUAUCCACACGCAUUCGUACAAGAAGCCCAACGGCUAUGACGAUAAAAAAGUUCUGGUGGUUGGUGUUGGAAAUUCAGGUGGUGAUGUCGCAGUGGAAUUGAGCAAUAUUGCUUCACAGGUCUACCUGAGUACCCGCAGAGGAGCAUGGGUAAUUCAUAGAGUCGGUCCUAGGGGCAGACCUUUCGAUCUGUACAUGAUGAAAAGGUUCCUGAAUGUCUUCUUCAACCACCUGCCUUAUCCUCUCGUCUGCUACAUAGCGGAGAGUUCCAUAAACAGCAGGGUGGACCACGAGUUGUACCGGAUGAAACCACAGCAUCACAUCUUGGGUCAACACCCCAUGGUCAAUGAUGCUUUGCCCAACAGAAUCCUUAGUGGUACAGUUCAAGUCAAAGGAGACAUAAAAGAAUUCACAGCCAAAGGUGUCAUAUUUGAAGGAGAAAACGAAGAAGUUGCAGUAGACGAAGUUGUUUUGGCAACUGGAUACAAAAUCCACUUUCCAUACCUGAGCAAAGACAUUGUCUGGGUGGAAGAUAAUGAAGUGGAACUCUUCAAAUUUGCCUUCCCGCCCAAGCUGAAGCACAAGUCUCUUGUCCUGAUUGGACUCGGACAGCCUGUAGGACCACUGAUGCCUAUUUCGGAACUGCAGUCCCGAGUGUUUGCUCUGCACAUGACUGGUAAAAUAAAGCUUCCUUCAGAAGACGAGAUGAUGGCAGACAUCAAGCGCAAAGACAUCGAAAUGAGAAAGAGAUAUUUCUCUGGUCCAAGACAUACCAUCCAAGUCGACUGGAUCAACUACAUGGACGAGCUUGCUCAACUGGCUGGAGUACAACCAGACCUCUUCUCUAUGUUCUUCAACGACCCAAUACUGUUCUACAAGAGCUUCUUUGGACCUACUUUGCCGUACCAGUACAGACUACAAGGCCCCAAUAGCUGGCCUGGUGCGAGGCAAGCCAUCCUGUCUGCUGAUGAAAGGAUAGAAGGCGCUUUGGCAACUAGAUGUCUUCCUAAAAGCAAAGGAGAUGAAUUCAAUUUGUACAAGUUCCUCAUGGCAUGUCUGGCAAUAACAUUCUUAGCUAUGGUACUGGCCACAGUUGCAUGAGACUUUAUUGGAAUAUUUAUAAUGGACAAAUAUUUUAAUUGUCGUAUGCUUUUAAUCGCUGCAAUCUUUGCAAA